CAGCCUGUUAGCACUGCACCAUCAUGGAGCUGGAGCACUUUGAUGAGCGGGACAAGGCUCUGAGGUACACCCGAAGAGGCUCGAGGGGGAACGGGCUCCCCAGUCCCACUCACAGCGCUCACUGCAGCCUGUACAGAACCAGGACACUGCAAGCUCUGAGCUCAGAAAAGAAAGCCAAGAAGAUCCGCUUCUACCGCAACGGGGACCGCUACUUCAAGGGGAUUGUGUAUGCAAUUUCUCCGGAGAGAUUCAGGUCUCUGGAGUCGCUGCUUGCUGACCUUACAAGGUCCCUGUCAGACAAUGUCAACUUGCCUCAAGGGGUGCGGACCAUAUAUACCAUUGAUGGGUCUACAAGGAUCACCAGUAUGGAUCAGCUGGUGGAAGGAGAGAAUUAUGUCUGUGCCUCCAUAGAGCCCUACAAGAAGGUGGACUACAUAAAGAAUGUAAACCCCAACUGGUCGGUCGGUGCUAAGACUGCUGCAGCAGUUCGAGAUUUCUCCUCCCUAGGUAGUGCCAAGGCCGUAUCCCCAGAAACCAGGGAGAGCAAGGACUUCAUCAAGCCCAAGCUGGUGACAAUAGUUCGCAGCGGAGUAAAGCCCCGGAAGGCCAUACGAGUCCUGCUCAACAAGAAGACGGCACACUCCUUUGAGCAAGUCAUGACCGACAUCACAGACGCCAUCAAGCUGGAUUCUGGAGUCGUGAAGAGGCUUUAUACAGUCGACGGCAAGAUGGUCACCUGCCUCCAGGACUUUUUUGGGGAAGACGAUAUAUUCUUCGCUUGUGGGCCUGAAAAGUUCCGCUACCAGGACGACUUCAACCUGGAUGAAAGCGAAUGCCGGGUGGCAAAAUCUGCAUCGUACGGUCGACUCCCCUCAGUGCACGGUCGCUCCUCACCAAGAAGCGGUGGGAUGUCUCGCAGGAGCAAGUCUCCUUCUUCGACAGGUUCAGCGAACGGCACUGCAGGCAGUCAGCUCUCCACUCCUCGCUCUGGAAAGUCUCCCAGCCCCUCUCCAACCAGUCCGGCCAGCCUCCGAAGACGACAGGGAUCUCUGCACAGCGGCUCCUCGCUCUCGCUCGCCUCCACCAAGGUGUGCAGCUCCAUGGACGAAGGAGAUGGGCCGAGCAGUGAAGCUGAGCCAAUGGAUGAGAACUCCUCAGUUCCUGCCUCCAUAGCAGAGAGAUACAAAGUUGGGAGGACUUUAGGGGACGGAAACUUUGCAGUGGUGCGCGAGUGUGUGGAGAGAUCCACCGGGAGGGAGUACGCUCUCAAGAUCAUCAGCAAACAUAAAUGCAGGGGAAAGGAGCACAUGAUACAGAGUGAAGUAUCAAUCCUCCGCCGUGUGAAACAUCCCAACAUUGUACUGUUGAUCGAGGAAAUGGACACUUCCAAUGAACUCUAUCUCGUCAUGGAGUUAGUCAAGGGCGGCGAUCUCUUUGAUGCCAUCACCUCGUCCAACAAAUACACCGAGGCCGAUGCCAGCUGUAUGCUGUUCAAUUUGGCGAGCGCCAUCAAGUAUCUGCACGGUCUCAACAUUGUUCACAGAGAUAUAAAACCGGAGAAUCUGCUGGUGUACGAGCACCAGGAUGGCAGUAAAUCUCUGAAGCUGGGGGACUUCGGCUUGGCCACCGUCGUCAACGGGCCACUCUACACCGUGUGUGGCACACCCACCUACGUGGCUCCAGAAAUUGUUGCAGAAACAGGGUACGGCCUCAAGGUCGACAUCUGGGCAGCCGGUGUCAUUACUUACAUUCUGCUGUGUGGAUUUCCUCCUUUCCGUGGCAGCGGAGAGGACCAGGAGGCUCUCUUUGAACAGAUUCUGAAGGGUCAGCUUGACUUUCCUACAUCGUAUUGGGAGAAUGUGUCCGAUUCGGCCAAGGCUCUGAUCGGCGGGAUGCUCCAGGUAGACGUGGAUGAAAGAUACUCAGCUCUACAGGUGCUCGAACACCCCUGGGUCAACGAUGUGUCGGAGAAUAAGCACCAGCUCUCCGUGGCUGGAAAAAUCAAGAAGCACUUCAACACUGGACCCAAACUCAGCAUCAACACGGCGGGAGUGUCGGUCAUUACGACCACGCCACUGGAUAAAGAGAAGCAAGUUUUCCGAAGAAGACGCCACCAGAGUGUGAAGCCCGCCCAGCACUUCCCGCACGGAGCAGACCAGGCCGUCUCCCCCGGCGAGUUCAACUCCGAGUCCGAGGACUACUCCCCCAGCUCGGCCGACACCGUCCGCUCGCCCACCUCUCCGUUCUAACAGCCCACUGCUCUGCUCACACGGACUCUCAGAAU